CACCCCCGCCCCCUCCCUCCCUCCCUCCCUCUUGUGUCAGACGGCCGUCCUCUUUUUCUCCGUCUCGGCCACGGCGACGAUGCGGAACAGGGCCACGGACAAGCCGCCAGUGUCCGUACGAGCUGCGUGUCGUGGUCGUGGGUGGUCGCUGAGCCGCGGGGCUGCGGGUGAUGGUGGCGUCUACUGACGCCGGAUAGUCGACGCAGAGGCCGGCGGCGCGCUGGACUUGACUGGCCGGAGCCUGGAGGAGGCGAACCCGGAGCUCCGAGGCGAAUCUGGGCUUCUGCGGAAGAUUGUUUGUGGAUAUUUGGGGACGUGUUUGAACAGGUAGUCCCGCCUGUAGGGGCUAAUUACUGCCUUUUGCUUCUUGAUGCCCCGGAGGCCCGGAGGAGCACAGAACACGGAGCCCGGCAGCGGGGCUUGUUCGGCGAGGAGGUAGAGGAGGCUCCGCCCACAUGAAUCCUCUCAAUCAGAUGAAGGCUGGACUGUCCGGCAACCCGCACAGUGAGGGCUCCUUCCCCUACGACCCCUCCAGCUGGCAGCAGCCCACCAAUCAGCCUACAGGGUCCCUGUCUGUGGUGACCACGGUGUGGGGGGUCACCAACCCCUCGGCCAGCCAGGGUCUGGGGGGAGGAGUGAUGGGCCCCGGGGCCAACCAACCUGGGGGUCCCAUGAUGCAGGGCCCCGGGGGUGCCGGCAUGGCAGGGGGUCCCGGGGGCUACAUGGGCCAACAGAGCUAUGGUGAGCCCACCAAGGCCUACCUGAACCAGGGCGUGUACGGCAGGCCCAGUGGGGGCUAUGUUGGCGGGCCGGGGGGCUACGGGGGAAGUUACCCCUCCAACCCCAGUGGCUCCAGAGGCACGGCCGACUUCACACAGGCCGCCGCCGCUGCCGUGGCGGCAGCCGCUGCUACGGCGACCGCGACCGCCACGGCAACUGUAGCCGCCAUCCAGGAGAAACAAAACCAGGAAAUGAACUACGGUCACAUGGGCGGCCCCGCUUAUAGUAACCAGUUCAUGGCCCACUCCGUCCCCCGUGGAACCCCCACUAUGGGACCUGGACCUGCCAGGGGCCCCACCUCCAUGAGCCCCAUGUAUGGGCCCGGGGGAGGCACCCAGAGGGUCACGCAGCACCCAAACUAUGCUCCCACAUCACAGCAGGGUCAGUUGAGACCCCCGCAAGGCCUGAAGCGGGCCUACAACUCUGAGGUUUUCCCCGGAAUGACUCAGCAAUACGGCGUCCCUGUUGGUUUGGGUCCUGGCGGGGCUGCCGGUUCCAUGCCCAUUUCAGGUGCGGGCGGCCCACCCGGGGCCGGCUCGUACUCGCAGUACCACCCGGGUCAGCAUGGGUCUGCCUCACAGAGGACAGGCUCCGCCCCCUCAUACCAGAGUCAUAAGAUGCCCCUCCCCCAGUACCCCCCCUCCGGUCCCCCCAGCGCUCAGUACUACAAGCAGGAGCAGUUCAACGGUCAGACAGCAGGGGGCGCCGGCAGCCUUUACCAGUCCUUCAACCCGCCUUCUGGGCCGGGGCGAGGCUUGCCCGCUUAUCCCAGCUCUCCGCUCCCCGGAAACCCGACUCCGCCCAUCACGCCCAGCGGCUCCAUGGCCCCCCCCUACAUGUCGCCCGGCGCCGGCGACGUCAAACCCAACAUGGCUGGCUUGGCUCCUCCCCCUGCCACAGGUAACCCCAGCGACGACCUGCGGCUGACCUUCCCCGUGCGUGACGGCGUGGUCCUGGAGCCCUUCAGGUUGGAACACAACCUGGCGGUCAGCAACCACGUCUUCCAGCUCAAGGACUCCGUCUACAAAACACUCGUCAUGAGGCCGGACCUGGAGCUCCAGUUCAAGUGUUACCACCAUGAGGACCGCCAGAUGAACACAAACUGGCCCGCCUCCGUGCAGGUCUGGUCUUCAUCCUCAGCUAUCUCCGCUGUUGGUAGUAAGUGUAAACCCCGCCCCCUUCUCCCUCAGGUGAGCGUCAACGCCACGCCGCUCACCAUUGAGCGCGGGGACAACAAAACGUCCCAUAAGGCCCUGUACCUGAAGCAGGUGUGCCAGCCCGGCAGGAACACCAUCCAGAUCACCGUCACCGCCUGCUGCUGCUCUCACCUGUUCCUGCUCCAGCUGGUCCAUCGGCCGUCCGUGCGCUCGGUGCUGCAGGGCCUGAUGAAGAAGAGGCUUCCCGCCGAGCACUGCGUCGCCAAGAUAAAAAGAAACUUCAGCAGCGGCUCCAUUCCCGGGACCCCCGGCCUCAACGGGGAGGACGGCGUGGAGCAGACCGCCAUCAGGGUCUUGCUCAAGUGUCCCAUCACCUUCCGCCGCAUCCAGCUGCCCGCCAGAGGCCACGACUGCAGACACGUGCAGUGUUUUGACCUGGAGUCGUACCUGCAGCUCAACUGUGAGAGAGGAACGUGGCGUUGUCCUGUGUGCAAUAAGACGGCGCUGCUGGAGGGUCUGGAAGUGGACCAGUACAUGCUGGGAAUCCUCAUCUACGUUCAGAACUCCGACUACGAGGAGAUCACCAUCGACCCGGCUUGUAGCUGGAAGCCGGUUCCCAUCAAACCGGACCUGCACAUCAAGGAGGAGUCGGACGGCCCGGCACUGAAACGCUGCCGGACACUGAGUCCCAGUCACAUGGUGCUGCCCAGCGUCAUGGAGAUGAUCGCCUCGCUGGGCCCCGCCCCUUCCUCCAUCUCCUCCACGGCCACCGCUGCCGCCUCCCCCGUGCAGUACCCUUCUCUGUCGGCGGGGGGCGGUAGAAACACCCCCGACUUCUCUGGCCCAGCGCCAUCGUAUCCCGGGCAGCCCGCCGCCUUCUCCGACUUCAGCACCGGCGGUCCCGGGACUCCGGGGGUCGGGGGAGAGUUUUCCUCCCCGGGUCCGCCCCCCCUCUCCUACCAGUCGGAGUUGUCCAGUGUCCUCCUCACCCCCGACAAGCUGCCCCCCCACCCACUGACUGGACAGCAGGGUCUCCAUGGCAACCAAAUGAUGCAGCGGAGCCAGCAAAAUCCUCGCCUCCACGCCGACGCCCCCUUCGGGUUGGGGACGGCCACGGAGGUUCCGGAGCCUUCUCUUGACCUGCUUCCAGAAUUGAGCAACCCGGACGAGCUGCUGUCCUACCUCGGACCCCCGGACCUCCCCAACAACAACAACAACGACGACCUGCUGUCCCUCUUUGAAAACAACUGAACUUCCUUUUUGUCUACGUGAUGGUUUGCGCUCGUCAACGUGUGUUUUGUUGUGUGAAAGCUUCAAAAAACUCAUCCCCAGACGUCCUGGACUCCACGUGUCCGUGAAGGCAUCACCGGAAGUUGGUGGAUUACUUUCCAGGCCUUCCAGUGCUGGAGUUGAAAGGUCUGCUUUCCGCAUCCGUUAGCAUACAAACCCCGCCUCCUCUGGAAGGAGGCAGCAGCAAUGACAGGAAGUGGGCCCACCACACCAAGAGCAUGCGGGGAUCCUGCUGCCCUUCAAAAUAAAAUGAUUGUGGGACAGCA